AAUGGAUGCUUUGGCAGGUUUUGCAAAGUCAGACGUGGAUACAGAGAUGACAGUGUUGACACAGGAAGAUAUUAAUGAAGAAAACGCUGAUACAAGUGAUGAAGUGGAAACUCUUCAAAAGAGUUUACGUGAGGCUGUCCAUGAUGAGAAUGUCCAGCCAAAGAUGCAGUGCCUGAUGAUGGAUGCCUCAUUCUCCAUGGUAACUAUGCAAGGUGAGGACAGCGGCAUUAUGUGGGAAACAACACCUGGUCAUUGCACCUCACCAUGGGCAUCUGAAGCUGGAACCUACACAACAGAUCCCAGCUGCAUGGCUGUAGUGCGUCCUACAACGCCUGGUUCUCUUCAACCAGGAAGGAUUGUCAUUGAAAUGGAUGAGCAACAGAUUACUAGAAGAAAGAAGAAUAAAGAGAUGGCACGUGGUCAAAAGAGCAACGAAGACAGACAAAGAGAAAUCCUUGUAGGAAGUUCUGACAACAUCUCAGCAAGGCCAGAAUUAGUAGGAGUCUCUCAGCCAAAUGUGAAAGCCGAUGGAGAAGUAGAUGAGGAACUAACAGAUUCUGUGGUAGAUAAAGAGCAACAGCUAUUUAAUCUAGUCUCUGAAGGUUCUGAAAUACUCAAUAUUGUUGUUCCCCAUAAACUGGCUACUGUGGAUGAGGAGGAGAGCAAGGAAAUGGUGGACAACCUGUCUUAUCUGGAGGAGAGCCCUGUUACUAAAGCCAACGAAGACUUUGAUCUGAACAAUGAGCUGCUGAUCCUGGCACAAGCUCCAACUGAAUCAGGGGCAUCAAGAGGUGACAAAGUGCCAGACUUGCAUCCCUUAGGUCCAAAUGUAAUGGAUCCACCUGGAGCUCCAGUGGCAAGACCUCUAAGUAAACAAGCUGCGGGAAAUGUUGACUACUUUGAAGCAUUUGCCCUAAUUGAUGCCCAGGCUCCAGGGAGUCCUGCUGUAACUGCUCAGGGACAGGAUACUCUAGAGGCAGAAGAAGCUGGCAUCAACUUGGACACAGAGAAGCCCAUGAAGGCCAAAAGAAGCACAGUCACAACUGUGGAUCCAGAAAAGACAGACACUAUUAGUCUUGGGGAACUCAUCAGCGACCUUCUAGAUGAAGUCUUCUAUGGUGAUACAAAGAGUGACCAAAUGAAAUCAUCUCCAAAGAGACAUGAUGGAUGUGAAGUGACCACCUCUAAAUUGCCUGCAAAACAAAGUGGUUCCGUUUUGUUUGGAAGCCAAGAAGACAUCCUGACACCUAUCUUUUUACCUGAAGGGCCCCCCAAAAUUAUAGACCCCAUUUUGUUGGAGGAGCCGAAAGCGAUGGCCUUCCUUUACACAGACCUGUACGAGGAAGCAAUUGGUAGUCGGAAGAAAGAAGAUGAUACAGAAAGCGUGACCUCUGAGAAGUCCUUCCACAGCAGACAAUCAGACCGUGAAGUCAGGGGGUAUCUGGAGAAAUAUGCCCUAAUAGAUGAGACUCCUGCUUUGGAGAUAGAAGUCACUGAAAAAGAAAAAUUCUCAGAGGAUGGACUCCGGAUAUUGUCUGAAGAUUUGUACGAUUUUGGAGAGUUUCUAUCCAAAUGUGAAAAAGUUGAAAUACAACAUUCAGAUGAGGACAUAACAGACUUCUUCAGAUCCAGUGGCAAUUCUUCACCAUGUGAUACUGAACCUUUUCCUCAAUCACUUGAGGAGGAAGCCACGCCACCAGUGAUGAAAAAUAAAACCAAGACAGACAAAACUAUCUCCAUAACAGAACAAAAAGCCACCGAAGAUCGAGAAGAUCCGACUAGUGUCUCUGAUUUUGAGUUUUUCUUUGAAGAACCAGACUGGUCUACAGUUGAUCACCUUACUGGCAUGGAUGGAAAAGGUGACAGUGUUCAUACAGGUCAAGAACUAUGGAAACAACACAUGGAAAUGCAAAAGCCAGUUGCUCCUCCAAGAAGGAAGGCGACAACUUCUCCAAAGGAGUGUUUGGAUCUAAUGCCUCUGACUCCAGUUGAAGUCAUUAUGGAGGAAAAAGAGGAAUCUGGUAGAAAGGAACAGAGGGAGGAGGAGAAAGAGACAGCAUCUCCAGCAGAAACUGCCGAUGAGGGAGAUGGAGAAGAGGCAACGCAGGUGCACGCCACCCUGGAGGCCUCAAUCACAGUAGCCACAGUGACACCGGAACGUGAAGGUGUAAAAGACACUAAUGACACAGCUGUCAGAGACACAAAACCAGGUCAUGAUGGAGAUGCUGAAACAACAGAAAGAAGUGAGACUGAAACACCUCAAAAACAAAGUAAUCAAGACGAUGGAGACAUUGAACCGUCAGAAUUAGCAAUGCUGGAGGUUAAAACAAAGAAACAAGUCUUAGAGACAGAACCAGCUAAAGAGCGAAGGCAGUGUAUAAUACUUUAAUGUAGCUACAGUCAAUAAGCCAAAUGUUUUUGUUUUCUUUGAGGUCUUUAAUUCAGUUAUCACAGUCUAAAAGAUUUGACUUGACAUAGAUUGUUAAAAUUGUAUCAGGCGUGCAUAUUAUUAAAACCAUUUAACGCCGAUGUCAUUAGUUUUGUGCAGACAGUCACACGGUUACAUCAGACGGGUCACGUUUUUCAAAUUCAUCAAGUGUGCAUGUUUGUCAGGGUUCACUCGGUCACUCCCGUGUAGUCAGGUGGUAAUAGUGCAUGAAUCAUAGAGCAUUUGGGUCAUAACUGUGAAUUUUAAAAAGCAGAGUGUGUUGUGUGCAACCCGAGGACGGAGUUUCAUCUAUAAAUAAGCCCCUCUGGCUUUGAACCUGACACCGUGUCUCACGAGUUUGUGUGCUGACAACGUUAGCAAAAGCAGUCAAAAUGUGUGGCGACUCAAG